AAAAUUCCCUCGCUUCCCUCGUUUUCUGCUAGCUCUUCCCCUAACCCCCUUCAGCACCCACUUUCCUCUUACCCUUCUCUCUCUCUCUCUCUAACCCUCCACUUUCUCUCUCUACCCCUCUCGGAGAUCCCAUUUCGCCUCCCUCAUAAACCCUAAACCCCUCCCAACUCCCUCAGAUUCUCUCCGCCUCUCUCCGAUUCCCCCAAACCCUAAAGAUCUGCAACUCUCUCCCUCCCGCUCGCUCGCUCGCUCGUCGUCGUCGCAAUCGGUGACGGUUCGAGGCGGUGAGAUCCUCUCCAUGUCCGGCUGCGCUCGAGCUCCCAACCGACAACCAGGGCCGCCGCCGCCGCCGGCAACCGGAGGCGGCAGCCAGAUCGUGCCGCCGAUGAGGCGCCACCUAGUGUUCGAGUCGAAUAAGCCGCCGUUUUUUCCUCCGGCUGAUUAUCAUCAAUUUUCCGGGGGAGCUCAGAGGCCGGCGGACCAGGAGCCGGAAGCUAUUGUUGUUCGAUCUCCGCAAUUUAUAAGGAAGGGUGCAGUGGACAACAAUGAAGCGGAGAACAACGAUUGGACUAGCAGUCCAGGAUAUAAUAAUAUGAUUCAAAGUCCCCUUCAAACUCCUGUGUCUACUACAAAAGCAGGAAAGACAAACAAUAGAACAAAGGCUUCAAGGGGCAAAUCUGGGCCUCAGACACCUGCGUCAAAUGCUGGUUCUCCUUGUCCUCUUACUCCAGCUGGCAGCUGUCGUUUUGACAGUUCUCUAGGUCUAUUGACAAAAAAAUUCAUCAAUUUGAUUAAGCAAGCAGAAGAUGGAAUCCUUGAUCUAAACAAAGCAGCAGAAACUUUAGAGGUGCAGAAGAGGCGGAUAUAUGACAUCACAAAUGUCUUGGAAGGCAUAGGUCUCAUAGAAAAGAAGCUCAAGAACAGAAUACGUUGGAAGGGAUUUGAUGCUUCAAGGCCAGGAGAUCUGGAUGCUGAUCUCUCUAUAUUACAGGGAGAAGUGGAAAACCUAUCUUUAAAAGAGCGCAGCUUAGAUGACCGAAUAAGAGAGAUGGAAGAAAAGUUGAGGGAUUUAAGUGGAGAUGAAAACAACCGAAAGUGGCUUUUUGUGACUGAAGAAGACAUUAAGGGCCUACCGUGCUUCCAGAAUGAAACCCUGAUAGCAAUUAAAGCUCCACAUGGAACCACCUUGGAAGUCCCAGAUCCCGAUGAAGCUGUCGACUAUCCACAACGGAGAUACAGGAUAAUACUUAGAAGCACAAUGGGACCCAUUGACGUGUACCUUGUCAGUCAAUUUGAGGAGAAGUUUGAUGACAUCAAUGGAGUUGAGCCACCUGUUAGCUUCCCAAUUGCUUCUGGUUCUGGCUCUAAUGAGCAAUCAACAACAGAAAUGGUCAAUGGACAAAACAGAGGAAAGGAAAUUGAUCCUAGGGCGCAACAAGCUCAAGUUGAUCAGACGUGCUCUGAUGUAAAUGCUUCUCAGGAGUUUGGUGGGGGAAUGAUGAGGAUUGUUCCUUCUGAUGUUGAUAAUGAUGCAGACUACUGGCUUUUGUCUGGUGUUGAUGUUAGCAUUACGGAUAUGUGGAGAACAGACUCAGCUAUUGAAUGGAAUGGGGAAGACAUGCUUAAUGCUGAUUUUGGACUGCCCGAUGUAAGUACCCCAAGGCCACAAACACCACCAUCUGGAAUUGUUGAAGUUCCAUCUCAUGCUGUUAACUUUUCCCAAAGGUGAGUCUGGGUUUGUGUAACCAGCUAUUUGUAGAUAUCUCAUGUAUCUACUACCCCAUCUGUGGCCUUCCAUUGCUGUGAAGUAUUGCUUGCAGAUGCCAAGUGAUUGCCUGAUAAUGAACAUGGGUGAAGCUUGUGGAAGGAGCUGAUUGGAUGAUAAGCUGGGGAGUAUUGUUAUACUGUACAGUUCAGUACUGCAUUUGACCCCCUGUUGUAGGAAUAAAGACUUAAUUUUAUGAUACUUUAAAAGCGGCGGAUAUUUAGCGAGGAAUGAGUUAUCGUGCAGUUAAUAAUCGUAGGCUACAUUGGCGAUGAAGUAUUGCACAAUCUAGUUGCACGAUGCAUGUUCAUUAUUUAAUGUAUGAGUUUAGUUUGGAAAAGCCUUCUGUAAAUUCUUUAAUUUUAAACAUGAUGCAGGAUAGGCUUAAUUUCUAGGUGUAAUCGGAUUAUGUUCUUUCGCAUCUAAAACAUUGUUGAAAUGCUGGAUGUACCAUUGUUGCCAUACCAGUUUUGCCUCGAUGCAAAUGUCAUUUUUCCUGGUUGCCCC